UUUUGAACCUGUUCACAAGGAUGACUUGGCAAUUCAUCAUGUGUGGUUUGAGUCGUUUGUGAGCAAGCUCUUUCUUGAUGGCCUAGACCAGGAACUAAACCUCCGUCGUCAAUUGAUAUUUGCAAUGCCUGAGUGGCCUAGUCUUGAUGAUAUUAUUUCUAGCAUGAUUGAGGAGGAGACUCGUUUGGCACAACCGAAGGAGGAUGGUCAGGAGCGUGCAGAUGCUCGUGCUGCAUUAUCCGUACAACCUCGUCAUGCUACAAAUUCCUUUGGUAAGGUGGAUAAAAGCAAAUUGCUUUGUGACCAUUGCAAGAGAAAAGGACACACCAAGGGUGAGUGUUUUGAGUUGCAUGGUUAUCCACCUUGGUGGGAUAAAGGGAGAUCUCGGCUAGGGGGAGCUCGGGGUUCAAACAAAAGACAAGCUAAUUACAAUGCAUCUGCAAGGGAACUACCUGUGGUAGAUAUGCAAGCUCUUGAGGAUUUCAAAUCCAAGCUCAAACUCUCCGAAGGCUCAUCUUCGUCCCAAGGUUCCUCCAAACUUGAUUCUAGCUUUAAUGCCAUCACCCAAGGAGCUUGGGACAGGGAGAGUUCUCGGGACUGGGACCAUGCAUGAGGGACUCUACUAUCUUGAUGAAGGGGGAGAUGAAAUUGCUCUUGCAACCUGCAUGUCUCCUACUCAAGAAUUGUUACUUCACCACCGAAGAUUGGGACACCUCUCUUUUGCUGCUAUGUCACGUAUUUAUCCCUCUCUCUUUAAAUUGUGUUCUAGAGAAUCCC